GAAACUCUGAUAGUAGGAGACACACGUGUGUUUAGAAAUAAGAACAAGCAGCCCGGAGCACCGCAGAGCGGCUCGGGGAGACCCCGGGCCCGCCGCGCGCGGGCGGAGCUGCGGACUCCGAAGAGCAGUGAGCGCCAAGCCGCGUCGAAGAAACCCGACUUCUCCUUUGAGGGAUCCUGUCACGGGAAUGUGUGAGUCUUUGGAUAAAUUUGGCGUGGUGACGGCGGUGUGCUUUCUCCAGAGACACUGCCACUUCCUCCCUGCUCCUUUUCUACCCUGUUUGUCGGUUUUGACCCCCGUGACAAGUCAGAUGGUUUGCCAUUUCCACACUUUCCUGCUGCUAGGUAUCUCCCCUUCUUUUGCUCCUUCUGAGAGGAGUCUGACCGAGGUCCUUUGGUGGUGACUGCAGUAGAAAUGGGGCCCUUGAGAGCAGAUCUCCUGGCACCGAAUGGUCUGCCUUAGCACUGCUGGGUCCUUACCUGUGCUGCUACUGGCAGAACUUGUAGAAGCUUCUAGGGGCUCCCUAGCUGGCUCCAUGGAGCUCCAGUGCCUUGCUGAGAAAAGCAGCCAGGCACACCUAUGUGACAUCAUGGACUGGGGUGCAGAAGGCCCUCCUGGGGACCAGAAAGAGGCAGCCGCCCGCAGAGCUGCUCUGUGCUGUGAGAAACACUGUGGGUCUAUACCAAGAGCAGCUGUGACGGAAGCAUCUAGACCUCGCGCUUCCGUAGAAGCCCCCUCCUCCUUGCAGCAGGACGGUACUACUCAGCCAGCCUUCUUCCCAGAAGGACCUCCUGGGAACAGCCACAUGACAUCAGAACGGAAGGUCUGCCAGUGCUGCAGCCAGGAGCUGGAAACCUCUUUCACCUAUGUGGAUGAGAAUGUCAACUUGGAGCAGCGAACCCGGAGGGCCUCUUCAGCAAAAGGGAAUAAUUGCCCUGGAGACCUUGGCUGGGGAAAUCGGAGUGAAUGGUCCCAGGAGGCUGCCAUAUCCUUGAUAUCCGAAGAUGAAGACGACUCAAGUUCAGAAGCCACCUCUUCGGGCAAGUCGGUGGACUACGGUUUCAUCAGUGCCAUCUUGUUCUUAGUCACGGGCAUCUUGCUGGUGAUCAUUUCUUACAUCAUCCCACGGGAGGUAACUGUGGAUCCCGGCACGGUGGCAGCGCGGGAGAUGGAACGCCUGGAGAAGGAGAGUGCACGGCUGGGGGCUCACCUGGACCGCUGUGUGAUUGCGGGGCUCUGCCUCCUCACUCUCGGCGGCGUCGUUCUGUCCUGUUUGCUGAUGAUGUCCAUGUGGAAGGGAGAGCUUUAUCGGCGAAGCCGCUUCGCUGCUUCCAAAGAGUCCGCAAAGCUCUAUGGUUCUUUCAACUUCAGGGUGAAAACCAGCGCGAAUGAAAACACCCUGGAACUGUCCUUGGUAGAGGAAGAUGCUCUUGCCGUAUAGAGUUAAUUCUGAUUAAACAUCUGAGAGUGUACCUUGGCGUUUUAUAUGAAAACAUGUUUUCUUAAAAUUAAUAAUGUGACUUAUUUGCCAAGCAAGAAUAAUUUAUUUCACAAACCAACAAGCAGCCAGUGAGUGUUUUGUUCUCUUGAGUAUCUUCUACGUAGAAGAAAAGUCAUGUAAAAUGCAUAAGAAACCACAGCCAGCCACACCUAGCUUUCUGAGAGCUGUAAGCAAUUAGUCUGUAAUGGUCAUGAGCUUCUAUUUGUACAGCAAAAUAACUAAUGACCCAAAAUGCAAAUGAUUUCUUUUACAAAAAUAUGGUAUAGUAUUCUUUGAGUAGGCAGAAAUUGUAUAUAUAAUGGGGUUGAUUGGCAAUCUAUUUUGUGAAAAAUAAGCGCUAGUCACAGUAAAGUAUACUUUUAAUUCUCAGAGGUGCUUGUCCAUUUUCCUGCUGGAUUUUUCAUGAUUCAGUUUGGCUAAAUACUACAAUACAGAUGUCUGGGUGUGGAUAUUUUGAAGCUUGAGAAUGUUGGUUAUUUUUUAAACUAUAAAAAUGUUAUAUUUAAAUUAUUCCUGUAUUCAGAAAUGGCAACUGUGUCAUUAGAGUAAACUUUCUAAUAAAAGGAAACUAUACGAAUCGUCUUAAGACCAGUGUGAAAUAAACCCCCAGUGUUAGUGCUAGACGUUGGCCCGUAUCCCAUGCCCUUUUUCUGAGUGAAGUAAAAGUAAUUGCUGAUAGAAAAUCCUUUUCUGUUUGUGGUUUUCUCAUCCUGGUUAUCUGUGCUCUUGAAGUCUUUCCCACUUCUCACACCAGAAGGGCAAAGCUUGAGACUUUUUAAAAUACACCUCCAGACAUCUGCCCAUCGAGACAAGUGUGAGUCAUGCCUGGCUCUGGCUUACUCCCAUGUGGUGUUUCAUUGUGGUUGUUUGGCGAAAAUCUCAAGUAGCUUCCAGCUAGACUCUUGGGACCUUGCCUGGCAGGCUGUGUCACUUGGCAGAGUCUUUAUGCCCCCAGCCAAAGUAUUGCAAUUGGAAGAGAAAGACCAAAUGUCCAUUCAGUAGGAGCAUUGCCCACCACCAGUGUGCCUCUCCAGAAACGCCCAGGCAUCCUUCUGACCUCUUUAUGUUGGAGCUCCUCAGUAAUUGUACUUUAGCCACAUGCAGUGCAAUUUCUUGGUCUAGGAGGGACAAGAUGGGCCGUGUGGUCCCAUACCCACUGUCCACACUGGCGCUACUACACUAUGGCAGUUGCAUGGUAGGGGACGGGGGAUGCAACCUCAGAAGUGUCUUGCAGUGGGGGACUAUUCCUGAGGUGUGCCAGCCUCACUGUAGGAGUUGUUGUCACUUUAAUCGUAUGUCUGAAUUUGUGUUGUCAGUGGGCACUGUGGGCGUGUGAUGGUGCUGGCUGGCAGAGUGUGUGAGGCAGGGUAUUACGUGGAUGAGCACUGGGGGGUGUCAAAGCCAGCUGGUAGGAAGGGCACCAGGGGUCAGACCCGAACUACAGUGCAGAAAGGGCACGUGGGGGGCAACGUGUCAGGAAUCAUGAGAAAUCAGGUUUGUUUUCUGUCGCUGGUUCAUUGUGUUUUUUAGAUAAAUUUUCUGUUUGACUAUGACUCUCAGGUCAUGCUUUCAGUUGAGGCCACCUUACCAAUAUAAAUUUUAUGUCCUGAAGGUUUAUAAAUUGUCCAGUUGUAUCAUUUGGAGAUUUCCUUAUGCCUGUAUCUUGUAUUCUGAGUAACUACUUUGAAGAUUACAAUAUGCAAUGUAUUAACUAUUGUUAUUCUCCUAUUUUGUUUUUUUUCCCCAUAAAGUAAAAAAAGCAGACACUAAAAAAAUGUAAAAGAAAUUGUCCAUUUUUAGCCUGCAUGAGAAACUGCUUUGGAUGAAGUUGAGGCAGGAAGGAAAUAACCUGCCUGCAUUAGCAAGCAGGUCUGGGUUAAAAAAAACCCAAAUAACUAAAAAUUACAUCAUAAAAUAUACAUGUUUAUUCGUAAAGCCUAAGGGAGACCAACUGAAUUUUACUUCUGUUUAAUAGUAAAGCAGGAUUCAUUAGCCAAAUAGAAGACUAAACGGAAUUAAUGUAUGGCCUGGUUAUCAUUUGAUGACAUAGGGUGAGUGUCUUUUCAGUUCCCGUAAAAUUGAUGAUAAGGGAGAAAAGCCAACAUUUUUCAUUUGGAAGUGUUUAAUAAAUCUUGCUACCAAAUUUGUAGACAUGAUCUAAAGUCAACAUUCAAUAAAAGGUGUUUAGGAAAACAAUAUACAUAUUUAAGUGGGGGUGGCAGCUAGCCUGUGAGAAUAUAUAUAUUUUUCUUUCUGAGAACUUCGUAAAAUUUCUCUUAAGAUUUAAAAUUGAGAGUUGAGAGUACCAAAUAAAUUCUUAUUUCUAUAACAUUCUUUAAAUAUGCUUAAAUAUAGAACACUUUUUAAAUUUAACUUUUAUGACCACAGACCGUUCUAGUAACAGGGACAAGUUAAGAAAAUCAUCUAGAUGACUCCUUUAGGCUCUUUGACAUAAUUCAGAUAAUUCUCCCGGUCAGCUUUUCCCCGUAUAUUAGGUUUGAGUAGUCCUGCAUCUUGUCAGUGCCUGAAUUGUUGGAAGCUCUUGAAGCAGACCAUAUAGUAUGAUGUUCUGGCCCUUUAUAUGAAGAAUGUCUUCUCCACAGCCUUCCCAUUGCAGAGCUGGUUUGUGGUUCAGAAGAGUACAGGGCUGCUUAGCAGCAGGAAGUCCUUGGUAGCUAUGGGUGCUUUUACUGACGUGGCUGCUGUGUACCUUGAUUCUGUGCUACCUAGCUGCUUGCCUUGAUAAGCUUUACUGUCUGCUUAAAUAUCUGAGUCCAUCCCCUCCUACUUACCUGUUUUGGAGACCCAGUUCAACCAGUGCUAGAACACGUCUUUUGAGGUGCAAAUCUAGACAAAGAAACCACUCUACCAAAACAUUUGUGUAUUCUCUUUAUCCCCCAAAGUAAAGUCAAAUGAAUGAAUGAACAUCAUGCCUUUACAUACCAGGAAUGAAGGAUGUGCACCUAAGGGGCUCCUUUUUACUUAAAUGGGACAGGCAAAAGUUCAGGCAGUUGAAUUUGAGUAUUUUGAUCAUCCUUCUCAUGUGCAGUGGUAAAAAUACAAAAACUGUACCUGGAUUAAUCAGCUCUAGUUAAAGAGACAUCAUUCUGUGUAUGUUAGGGGGAGGAUCUUCAACCUUAAGGUCAAAUUCCAUUACAGUAACUAAUGCUACCAAAAAUUGUGGUCUGCCCAGUGAGAGUCACAGUCUUUGCCAGUGGUUUACCCGUCACAACAAGAUUUAAUACCAGAAUUAGAUUCCUCUGCAAGAAAGGAAUAAAGCAGAUCCUUAGUUUUCUGUAAUGGAUUUAAUCUUUCCCAGAACUAAGCAUAAAAAUGACUUCAAUAAGAAGUAUUAAAAUCAAGUCUCACUGAUUUUUUUCUGAAGCUUAUAAGAUAAAUCAUUAAUAUAUCAUUGUCUUUCAUUAAUUUUCAGCUAUAUCAUUUUAUGGUCCACAUAAUGCUCCAUAAUACACUCUCCUUACUUUUAUGAGUAUACAUCUUGGGAAGUAAUUUGCCUAACUAAAGCAUUAACAUUGUAAAAAGAAAGAUGUUAAACACUUAAAACUGAUUUUAGAAAGAGGAGCUGGGGAUUUAGCU